UUGUGUCUUGAAGUGACGGCACGGGAUGUACUCCGAGAUGUACUCCUUCCCCUUGGAAUAGCAUAUGGCACACUACCAGAGCGUAUAUAUUGUCGUAUAUACUGACGCUUCACUGGAGAAUAUUCCACUUCAUUAUCACUGCAGUAAAACAUGGAUCGUCUGCUGCGCCUCGGAGGUGGUCUUCCAUCACUUGGUCAAGGACCUCCACCAAAUGAUGCUCCAGUUCCUGAUACUGCAGAACAGGUGUACAUCUCAUCUCUGGCGUUGCUGAAGAUGCUGAAGCAUGGACGAGCUGGAGUGCCCAUGGAAGUGAUGGGUCUCAUGCUGGGAGAGUUUGUUGAUGACUACACUGUUAGAGUUAUUGAUGUUUUUGCCAUGCCUCAGAGUGGUACUGGAGUCUCAGUUGAAGCCGUAGAUCCAGUUUUCCAAGCCAAAAUGCUGGACAUGUUGAAACAAGUUGGGCGACCAGAGAUGGUAGUCGGGUGGUACCACUCUCACCCUGGCUUUGGUUGCUGGCUUUCAGGUGUUGAUAUAAAUACACAGCAGAGUUUUGAGGCCCUGUCAGAGCGUGCUGUGGCUGUUGUGGUCGAUCCUAUCCAAUCUGUUAAAGGUAAAGUGGUAAUUGAUGCCUUCAGACUGAUCAACCCUAACAUGAUGGUUCUGGGACAAGAACCAAGACAGACUACUUCUAACCUGGGUCAUUUACAGAAACCUUCUAUUCAGGCAUUGAUUCAUGGACUCAAUCGGCACUAUUAUUCAAUCCCAAUUAAGUAUCGCAUGAAUGAAAGAGAACAACAGAUGCUCUUAAAUCUCCAUAAGAAGUCAUGGAUGGAAGGCUUAACAUUGCAGAAUUACAAUGAACAUAGCAGCCUUAAUGAAGACACUGUUAAAGAGAUUCUUAACUUAGCAACAGCAUAUAAUAAGAGCUUGGAAGAAGAGGAAAAAAUGACGCCAGAGCAACUGGCUAUCAAGAAUGUUGGCAAGUUGGAUCCCAAACGACAUUUGGAGGACAAAGUAGAAGUCCUUAUGACGUCCAAUAUUGUGCAGUGCCUUGGAGCUAUGCUGGACACUGUCAUCUUCAAAUGAGCAAUAUUAACUGCCAAGAAACAGUAAGACUAAAAUAUCAGACUUGAAUAAAUGCACAAGGUAUUCUUCAGUUGUGAAACUUAUAAUGUUUUAUUAAUCUGUUUUUUGCUUAACUAUAUAUGGUUUCAGUUUUUAUCUGUCAAGUAUCAUGAAAAUAGUGAGCUUUUUUAAUUGGUUAUUGAAAGAUCAAAGAUGAAAUUGAAAGAUGGUACAAAUUAUUUUCAUAUAUUUUGGAUCUGCACUUGUACUUUUUCAAAAUUAAUAAAACAUGUAAAAAGCUGAAGAUUUAUACUAGUGAAAUAUUAUUACAAAUAAAGUAUAAGUGAAA